AUGCAAUAAAAAGGAAAUAAAGUGUUUAAAAAUUUGGAAUAAUUGCAGUAUUAUGUAAGUAAUGACAAUUUUUUGGAAGUGAUUAAGUCAUUUCUAAAAUUCAAAGCUACAACAUUAUAGUUUUUAGAUGAGAUUGAAUAAUCGAUUGUGAAUGCAACAGUGAACUGUACACCAAAAGAAAUGAUUGGGUUGUAUGACGAUUAUGGUACGUUGGAUAUUAUCGAUUGGAUAUAGACUAUAACCAUAAAUGAGGAGAAUUAAAUUUUAAAGGAAAUAAAUUAAGGGAAAUAAGGGAAAUAGGACAUUUAAAAGUUAAGAAAUUCUUAUGAGACAACAUUUAAGAAAAGCUUGUCAGAUUUAUAGAGCUUAAUGAAAAGCACUUGGGAGUCUAUUAACAAUCAAAAGGAAUACCAAACUGAUCUAACGAUAAAGAGGCUGUUAAAGAGAGAUGAAAGCAUAGUUCUGGAGAAUAAUGGAGUUCUAUUUGAUGCAGGAUUAAUAGCUGUUUGUGUGUUUGAACCAAAGUCAAAUGGAUUGUUUUUAAAAGGAUUGCAUUAGCCAAUAUUUUUUGAUGGGAUAUAUUUUGAGCAGCCAAUAAAUUCCAAGGAGACUCCACACAAAAUACGUUUUAGUUUACACAAAGGGUUCAAUUUGAGGGAAAGUUUGUAUGAGGAAGAGUUUUCUAUAUACGAUCCUGAAUUUUAAAAGGUAGAUGGGAAUAAUUAUUUAAUUGAGUUUAAGCAGAAGAUAAAGUUAGAGAAGGGCAGCAAAUAUUGUUUGUGUGCAUGUGCUGGUCAAGAUGACUUCUUUGGAACAACUUAAUACAUGGAAAUUGAAUAGGAUAACGCUUACAUUAAAUUUCAAGAGAAGUCUUAUGAUCAAGGUGAGUUUAUUGCACCAGAUCAUGUCUUUUAGAUAAUUUCUGAACAUGAUAAGGGGAUAUUUUCAGCAUUAAUCGUAAUUGAAGAAUGAUCAUGUGAAUGAAUUACAUUAUAGUUUGAUAUAUAUUUUAAUUAAAAAAAAUAAAA